CCUUGGCAGUGUGGAGCUGAGCACGGAACGGGACACGGAUCCCUCCAGGGAGCCUGGAACCAGCCCCUCACAGCCGCGGGAUGCAGGGAAUCAGCUCCACUGCCAGCUGCUGAAAUACCAGUGGGGCAGUAAAGGGAGCAAAGCAGAGGAUUUCCAGGCACGGAGCCCCAUCCCCGCAUGAAAGAGGAGCCUGCUGUGCUGAGAAUCUCCUUCCCAGAUGCUCACAGGAACUGUGCUGCCUUCUGAAGACUGAAGAGGGGGUUGAGGAUCUGCAGAGAGCACGAGACCAUGGCCCUGUGCACACGGCAAACUCCACUCUUCCCCUCAGAGCAAGCCAGGAGCUGAUGUAUAUGAACUUUAAUUUGCAGCCCAGGACCUCGACUGAUGAGUGCUUCACAUAUGGAAAGCUCUGACUGACAGCCUAAACCCUGGAUGGGGCAUGAUGGGCAUGUCAAACAAAAUUGCUGAGCAGACACAGCAGCAACCUCCACCCAGUCAGGUUUCUAAGACAAUUUUAAGGCAGAAUCAGGACUAACACCAGGCAAUUAAAAGCAUCAGUGAUUUCCUCUCAGGAGAAGCUAAAUUGGAAACCCUUUGGAAUAUUUACUUUCCUUAAAUACAGAACCUUCCCCAAAAGGUUAUUUGAAAUUAUUUGAACCUGCAGCUCCAGUAUUUCCUAUCACAUAGCCCUGGAAAGUGGGACAAACAGCCUCAGGUUUUUGUAGCCCCACUUGUGCACCCUAAGGAAAAUGCAGGAGUUAAAUUUGACUUGGAACUGGUGAGUAUCAACCAUGUUAUUCUGGUGAAAGCUUAGGAGCAAGGGUAGGUUUUCUAAUAUGUUUCUGGAUCUUUCUCAUUGCUGCUGGUGCUGCAGUUCUAAAACAUUCUUCAAAACUCUUUUCCCCAGCAAGACUAAGGAAAUGUUGCCUAUAGGACCUUCCUGAUCUUGUCACUGUUCCUGCCUGGAAAGGGGGUGAAGUUCAGCAGCCUCACAUGGACAUUACCAGCCAUGGCUUUCCUUCCUGGAAACUCCUCCGAGUGCUCCAACUGCACUCACUCUGUGGAGCCUGUGAACAUUUCCAAGGCCAUCUUACUGGGUGUUAUUCUAGGGGGGCUGAUUGUUUUUGGGGUUUUGGGUAAUAUCCUGGUUAUCCUGUCCGUAGCCUGCCACAGACACCUCCAGAGUGUCACCCACUAUUACAUCAUCAACCUGGCUGUAGCUGACCUCCUCCUGACUUCUACCGUCCUGCCCUUCUCAGCUACCAUGGAGAUUUUGGGCUACUGGGUCUUUGGGAGGAUCUUCUGCAACAUCUGGGCAGCUGUUGAUGUGCUUUGCUGUACUGCUUCCAUCAUGAGCCUCUGCAUCAUCUCCAUCGACCGAUACAUCGGGGUGAGCUACCCACUGAGGUACCCCAGCAUAGUGACAGAGAGGAGGGGCCUCCUGGCCCUGUUGUGUGUCUGGGCACUGUCCUUGGUCAUCUCUAUUGGGCCCCUUUUCGGCUGGAAGGAGCCAGCCCCGGAGGAUGAGACUAUCUGCCAGAUCACAGAGGAGCCUGGCUACGUCUUGUUCUCAGCGCUGGGCUCCUUCUACCUCCCCCUGAUCAUCAUCCUGGUGAUGUACUGCCGGGUCUAUGUGGUGGCCAAAAGGGAAAACAAAGGGCUGACCUCUGGGCUGAAGACAGAGAAAUCCCAUUCCGAGGAGGUGACUCUCCGCAUCCACCGCAAAAACAUGCCUGGUGCAAGAGGCUCUGCACCCAACCCCAAGAGCAAGCACCACUUCUCUGUGCGCCUGCUCAAGUUCUCAAGGGAAAAGAAAGCUGCCAAGACCCUGGGAAUAGUUGUGGGAUGCUUCGUUCUCUGCUGGCUCCCAUUUUUUGUAGUAAUGCCUCUUGGCUCUUUCUUUCCUGCAAUCAAACCCCCGGACACACUUUUUAAAAUAACAUUUUGGCUGGGAUAUUUAAACAGCUGCAUCAACCCCAUCAUCUAUCCUUGCUCAAGUCAAGAGUUCAAGAAAGCGUUCCAUAACGUCCUGAGAGCUCAGUGCCUCCUGAGGAAGCAGCCAGCAAUGAAGCAAACCCCCAGCUUCAACCUCAACCAUCCUGUAGGCCAGAGCAUGGAGAGUGGCAAAGGGGUGGUCAGGAUCCCUGUGGGAUCAGGAGAAACCUUCUACAAGAUUUCCAAGUCAGACGGGGUCUGCGAGUGGGAGAUCUUCGCCAUGCAAGGCAUGCCCACCAAAAAUGCUGUUUCCAAAGACUGCACAGCUGCCAAAGCCAAGAGCAAAGGGUUCCUGCAGGAAUGCUGCUGCGCAGGCACUUCAGGGAGUUUUGUCCAUGAGAACUGCAAAGUGCCAACCAUUAAAAUCCACUCGAUCUCCCUGAGCGAGAGUGGGGAGGAUGUAUAACCAGUUGGGUGUACCAGGCUGGCAGCUUGGGGACCUCAUGGGAUGUCACUCUUUCUAUGGGGAAGUAGGAAUAGGCAUGAUCAUUGAAAGGAUCUAGGUAUGAACAGGUGAAACAAGGCCAAAUCUUUAGAGGAAGGAUGUCUGUGAGUGCUGGGAGCAUGAAUGGAGCCCCUCAAAGAUAGUGCAUGGCUUCAGUGGAUGUUAUUCUGAGAGUCCAACAUCUGCCAGGUGUUUCCUUGGCAAUUAAAAGCUUUAUCCCUUUAUUCUCCUCCUUUAAAGUUCCCACUGCUCUCAUUUAGGCCGUGGAGGAGAAAGCGAGAACCACAAAGACCCUAUGCUGAUUUCAGCCUCGACACUCUCUGGCAACUCCACCUUCAGAGCCAUUUUGUGAUUCCACCCUUCCCCAUAAAGCCAAACCUCACCUGUGGAUUUCAGUCAACUCCAUGGCCAAGGAAAACUUGAUCCAAGUGACUGCGCUUCACCAAGCUUCAGAGACCAAGGAGAACUUUUCCUUUUUGUACAAUCAGCCUCCCUGAUUUCCACACCAUACCAAAUGAAAAUUUGCAUGUGUGCCUGGUAUGUUCAGGCAAUCCAUGUGCCUUGAUGCAGGUAUAAUAAAACUCAAAACUAGGUAAGUCCUUGUCAAAUAAGGCUCAAAGAACUCAUUUGCAUUUAUCCUUUUGGUUUUCAUCUUCUGAGUCCAUCAGGAACCUGCUGAAAGGCUCAGUAAUUCUUUGCUCAGGUACUUGAUAGCCAGAUCAGUGCCACAGUCACUGGAAAAACUACAGAUAUUUCCUGUCUCCCUGCCCAGUGUUUUUCCUGACUCCUUCAAGUCAGGAAGUGACCAAGUGCUCAAAGCUUUCUAUGAGAUCCUGGUACUCUGGAGUCAGUAAUUUUCUCCUUGUUCUAAGCAGGGGGAGUUAAACAUGUUGAAAGGCUUAAGGAUGUCCAUCCCCAUGAGAAAGGACCAUCCCUUGGGAGUUUGGGAGCAAAGCAUUUGGAAGCAUGUUAUAUUUUAAUACAGCUAAUCCAAAUAAAUAAAUAAAUGAGACGGCCAGCAUCUGGAAGAAAUAGUGGGAGGAAUUCUCUGUACAAUAUUAGAAAUAAGCCGCUCUUGACAUAACUCCUCCUGAGCCUGCCAAGUAAGAAUUCAGCUCCUUGAAACAGCACAUGAGCCCCUGCUCUUGUCUGUGUCAGCUGCUGUGCUGAAGAUCCACUGCCUUGAAAAGGGAAACGGCUCAAGAUAAGAUUCAUUAUCAGAGGACGGGGUCUUGAAACAACACCUUGGUGGUGUUGAUGAGAAAUCAUUGUUUAUUUAUCUCUCACUCAGUAUUAAGUCCCCAAUGUAAAGAGGAUUUGUCUCCUGUGUCUUUUAUUUAUGCACUCACAGAACACAAAUCUGUCGCAUGAUCCCAGUUUUAGCUUAAAUAAGAAAUCCACCUCACACUUAAGGUUCUUCAGGCCUAGAAUUUGAAGCUAAAAGUGUGGAAAUACCAUAUAAGAAAAUAUUCUCAUGGUACUUCAAGCCAAGAGCAAAAGGAGAAAAGCUGAAAAUCUCAUAAGAAAGUCAUAUGAGACUCAUGGCCGAGGUUUCCAGUCUCACAGGGUUCAGAUAUGUGGGAUGUGUAUUUGGACAAAACCUGAAUUUUGAAAAAAACUCCUUAAAUUGAGCAAGACUGGCAAGAUUUAAAAUCUUCACUGCACACUCUUGGUGCCCAACCCUGUCUUAUUCUACAACCAAUACUUUUUUUAUGACCAGUAAGACCCUUUUUGCUAUAUCUUCUUUGGAGUUGGGAGAUUUACACAGGGUUGCUGCAGCAAUUUCAGAUUUAUUGAGGUUUCACAGUGUCAGGCAAACAGUUGUUGUGGAGGUACACAUGGAGGUUUCCACAACUGGAUUCAUAUGAAUCCAGAGCAAUUCUGAUGCAGCAAUAUAAUCUGACCCUGUAAGAUGAAGAUAAAUAAGUCAACCUGCUGCUGGCAGUGUCAGGAUGGACAUGGAUGUAGCACAGUUCUCCUGCGUGGCAGAGACAGAGGUUGGAAUAAUGAAGUCUUGGUCUCAUCUUCAUCCUUUUUUUCUGUUACCAAAUGGAUUCUAAAGAAUGUCUCUGUGUCCAGUUACUCUGAAAAGCUCCUAGUCCUCAGCAUCAGGUGAGCCUGGUCCCAGCCACACCUCUGGUUUGGCUGCCAGGUUUUGCCAGCAACAACAAACACAUAAUUUGUUUGGCUCCCUCUGAUAAUUUCUGCAGGACAACUGCCCUGUUCCCUUGUUGCAAGAAGGGUCAUUGGCACUUGUCAUUUCGGUGGAUAUUUGGACUGGGAAUUCUCAAAAACCAUAGAAGGAGCUCUAGGAAACAGAAAAAAAAGGAGUGCACAUUUAAGCAGCCCAUUUUUUUUUUGUUAUUUAAAGUGAACUUGGCACUGGUGAAAGAGCUGCAGUCACAGAGGCUAAAUGUAUCUGUUUGUCUUAAAGCAUGAACAGGACAAGAGGUUUUCCCAGAGGCUGGACAUCACUCAUCACUUGUAAAACCUUUCCAGCAUAAGGAUUCUGUCAUGUGAAACCUUGCAGGAGCACAGAGCAGAGAUCAAAGAGUGGCCAGAUGGGAAGUGGGAACAGUGGACUGCCAGGAGUUCCCCUCAAAGACACAUCCAAGAUCCACACUGACCUGUGUCCUGCCUGAAACCUCUGAAGGAUGGCUCUGACAUCCCACCAUCCUCUCGGGUCAGGGUUUUCUGUUGGGAGUGACAGACAAGACUCCCAUGUUGGGUGGAGCACCAUCUCUGCUGCAAAGGGUUGAGAGCUGGAGCAUCACAGAGAUGACUCCUAACUUUCACAGCCUGAGGUGAAGGAGAUCACCAACCCUUCUUUAUCCCAGCGCAAGGAAAGUCCAGCUUCCACAGUCAAUUCAGAUACACUAUCUGAUGUUUUUGAGGCUUUGUGUACUUUGCAAGAUUUUUCAAAUCCAAAAUAUUUAAAUUCUGCCCACCAUCCAAAUAAAUGUCUUCUCAUUUUUAUAUUCUUUGUUUCUCUCUGCCAACUCCAAGGUUAAAUUGUGCAUUGCGUAAAAGAAUAUUCUCCUUUGCCAGGCCUUAAUGUACUGGAAAUCCAUAGCACUGAAAAGAAGAAAGAUUUAGGCAGGAAUAUUCUUGCUUCUCUACUUGGAGUAAGCAAAAAUAAAUUUCACAAAGCUUCUUAACAAAAUUUCCCUGCCUGACUUUUUCAAUUUUCUGAAAGGCAACACUGACGGGCUGCAACAUCUUAUACUGAUAGAAGUCAGUUAAAAAAGCUCUUUUUGCUUUGCUGAAGUGGAAGUGCCCAGUUCUAGAUGUGCCUGUUGGCCUUGAGCUACUGUUGCUCAGUGGGGUUUUAUUAGGCACUACAUCUUAAAAUAAAGCUACUCAGGCACAGAGCAACUCAGUGAUCCAUCCAGCAAUGUUUCAGCUGUCCCAGGCUGAAUCCAUACUGGGUAAUUAACUCCGCAUCCUACCCAGAGAUACCUUGAUCCUCUUUCCUGUCUUAAUAUGGUUUGGAUAAGAAAGACAAUGUUGAAAACAAACUCGAGGGGACAGGCUUUUGACACCAAUUUUUCCUGGAUGAUCUCUUCUGACAGCAGAGCCAAAGAGAAAAGCCAGUUGGUCUUCAAAGUGUUGCACUUAGCUCCAGGCAAAUCUGGGACUUGCACCAGUGUUAUCCUUUGCCAGAAAAAAUCCAACAGGUCAUGAGACAGCUGCUCUCACAGCAGCAUCUGCUCUCUGCCCGCACCUCUCACACACUCUCAAAUAUUUGUGAAGGUAUUUCCUAUAUGACUGCUACAAAAACCACAAGACACUAAAGAGGUAGCCUGUGGUGCUUUAAAAUAAAGAUCUUCCCCCCAGCUUGACAGAUGUAAUUGAGUCUCUGAUUUCCCAGGAGGAGAUGGAGCAUUUGUCUCAAGGAUUGGAGUGAAAAGUCAUUCCUUCUCUGCAGAGCACACUGCAUAUUUCUCAUGUUGACAAAGAAGGAGAAAAUAGCAAAUGUGAGCUAAGGGGAAAUGAAUUGCUGAGGAGGAGAGCUAUGGAUGGCAACCAUCACGUGAGAAAUAACACAUCUGUCAGUCCCACAACAGGCUCAAAGCUCCACUUAAUGAACAUUUCUCUUUCAGUGCAACACUGGGUUCAAACCCAGGAUGAGUAACAGCCUCUCCUUUAUCAUCAUGGUAACAUCAAGGUCUUUUUCAGAGUCAAAAACCUCCACAUGUUAAUAGUAAAAAUAAACAUGUUUUUACAGUGCACAACAUCUCAUCCAAAGAAUGAGACUUUGUUGCAUUAAUCCAAAUUUCUUAUCAGGAGCCAAAAUCCAGCCCUAGUAAACUGUUUUCUGAAGUAAGAAAACACAAACCUGCCUAGCAUUUCAGCAUAUUCCCACUUUGAAAGCAAGUCCGCUCAGCCAAUGAUGGAAAACCUCCCUGAAUUUCAUAAUUUCAUUGAAUACUCAAUUCUUCCUGACAGUACGAUUAUGUGGAUUUUUUUUUUCCAGUCUUUGGUUGCAAAAAAAAUGGUUUUGGGGUUUUUUUCUCUUCUGCCUGCAGCAGCUUUUUGCCUGCAUGUUGUAUAAGUUUGGCUGGUUUUAAAAGAUUUCUCCUGAAACAGGCACUGCAUUUCAGGAAUGGGGUAUUCCUGUGUCAUUGAAUUUUCUACACGCUGUUUUCCAGAUUUAUCAUGUUUGAAAAGUUCAUGCUGGUCAUUUCCCUGAACAAAAUACUGAAUGUAUAUGAAAUCUUGCUAAUGCAAACAAAUAAAUUAUUGGGGGGAAUGUGUACUUUGGGAUAUGUGAGCUGUAAGUCUGGUUUAUUGAUUGUUUCCUCCAAAUUAUUCAUACAGAUUUGUCUUCUCCCUUUCAACAAACAUUU